AUGGCCACCAACUGUGACGUUGCAAGCUCGAGCGAGGAAUCAGUGGUUCUACCAACCUACACAGAAGAGCCAUCCUGCUCAGAUGAUAUUCUUUCCACUACCAUAGCCAUGUCUCAUUCUUCUCUUGGAACAUUCGAACCCGAGAAUGAGCGUGAAUACGACGGAUCAAAGAACGUAACAAAGCCCCCCUCUACAGAUCAUGAAACAACCCACGAAAGCAGUCUCCUAGACGAAGUUGCUUCAGGCGAUCGACCGACGGAAAGCGUCGUUGCUGCAUCAGGCCGAAGCCUACCCACGGACGAAAUGUUGCAUGAACGAAUUAACCAAGAAGAACAAGGGGUGGCACAAACGGCUGAUGUUUGGGUCACGGAGCAUCGAGUACCUCAUACUUGGCAUGAGCACGAAGAAGUCCUGAAUGAACAGCGUCAUGAGCAGGCCGAGGAGGGCAAGACCAGUUAG